AAUGGUGUGAUUAAUAUUAUCUCACCUUUUUAUUUAUAUUGAGGUUACUAAGACAAAAGAAUGAGCUUGCCAUUUUACUGAUCAAACAAAGCCUCUGUCUUAAAGAAUUUCCUGUAAAUAUUUUUUUUUUAUUAGUUUAAACUUGUGAUUUGCCUGGCUGCCAGAACUAUGUUAUAGAUAGGGCUGCAUCACACUGCCCUGAAUAUGAGUAAAAUUGAAAAAAUUUUUUAUGCAAUGCCUUUUAUGCUAUAGCUAUUUUAAUAUUGAAAUAUAUUUUUCAAGUCUAGCACAACUGGGGACAGUACUGCUUUCACUAAUCACAUAUGUCUAUAACAAAAUCCUAUUACAAACAAAAUCUAAUAUACUUAGGCUUUGAUUUAUUUCACAAAUAACAAAGUAUAUGUUGGAGGCUAGGCCUUAUAUAACAAUCGCUUUGCUAAUAUGUGCAAUGGCAGGAUUGUACUGUAGACUCAUAAAUGCUGAGUUCUCUGUUAUCGUUAAAUUCAGUUGGUUUUGCUUUCAGUUCCAGUGGAUUACCUUAUUUUUUAACCAGCUCAACUAAUAAAUUUAACAAAAAGUAGCUAGUAGUAAUGACAACAGGCAGAGAAGCAACACAAUGCUGGUUGAGUGAUGACAUUUCUGACACUGGGUUUGUCUCUUGUCUGACACCCUGCAACUGUACGUGUACAUAGAUGAAAUGGUCUCUGGUUUAAUGUGAAAUUCCUAUAUAUUUGUAUCAUCACUGAUACACAACACACAAUAAAUUCUACUUUCACUGUGCAACUAUUACAUAAACAGUAUUUAUAUAUGUGAAUUAUGUAGCUCACAAAGUUCAGUUGCCACCUUGUGGCAAAAGGAAUUAUAAAGCACUAUAUAACAAAGCAAAAUAAAACGUUUAAAAUGAUUUACAUUUGCAGUGAUGAAACAGCACAGAAAGAUUUAAAUGUCUGUUCAAAUCACUCAAAACUUGCUUGAAAGAGUAUGUAAGUUAAAUGAAAAACAGUGAGAUGAGGUAGCGCUAGUAAACACAGGAAAUUAGUUUUUAUAGAUAUUAGCAUGCUCUAAACUAAAAGGGAGUACAUGUAUAGUAUAAAGGAAGUAUUUCUUCUUUAAAAUCUUCUCUUGCCCAUUUUUUGCACAGACACAAAUGAAAAGACUUAGGACGGUAGCUUCAGCUAUUUAAAUAUACAUAAAUGGCACAAAAAUAUACCAAACGGGUCCCUACUUUGUGAUUUUAGGUUAGUGUUUCUUAAAUAGUGUUCAAUAAUGUCUCUAACAUAAUGUGUACAGUUUUCUACACGUUUGCAGCAUAUGCUGGUUGUAGGAUUGCCUGCUUGGUCUACUCAUUAUCUUUCAAUUUUACACAUUUCAUGUGGUGCAUGUAAAGUAUGUGAUUCUAAAUUAUGCAUUCAAUUGAUAAUUGAACAGAAGGAACACUAAAAUUCUAAAUACAGAAAACAAUUAUUUCAUACUGAGCAAAUGCUUCCUCUGUCAUCAAAAAGCAAGAAUUUAAAAUGAAGCACAUGGUGCAUACAACAAAGCAUUUAUUUCUCUUCUCUUCUUAAAUCUUAAAUUUUUAAUUCGUAAAUUAUAGAUUUUUUUUUGCAUGUGCGUUGUGGUGAGCUUUAUGGAAACUCCCACAUGUUAAAGAACACUUGUCAUCACUUCCUUCCUGUGAAGACCUACUGAAUUAUGUUUGAGCUGACAGUGGAAAAUAACACAACUGAAAAAAGACAGAGUCAGAGCAAGAUUUUAAUCAGUCUGCAAAUUUUUUAACUCUAUAAAUUCUUAGAUGUAAGCAGUUUAUUGUUUUAUUCUUUUACAUGUCGGAAAUUGGUUCUUAGCAAGGUGGAAUUAAGAUUGUAGAGAAAAGAGUCUUUUGUGUAAAAGAGCAGCCAUGAUUAAGAGUUCUCUCUGUGUGUUUUUCAUCGUUUCCUUCCUGCACACAGGCAUCUCCAACAGCAGGAUAUCUAUCAGUCUCAGUCAGGAAGGAGAUAACAUAAUCUUGACCUGUGUCCUUUAUGGAAAUGAGAGUCUCACUCAGAUCAACUGGGAGAUGGUGCAAGGUUCUAUUUACACCAAACUAGGAAUCUUUCAUCCUACUCAAGGCAUCCACAUCUUCUCUGAGCACUUUGGCAAAAUAAAGAUACAGGGGAAACACAAACCUCUGGCACUCUCAGACCUUUCCUUUCAGAAAGCAGCAAUAAAUGAGAGUGGACAAAUCUGCUGUCAGUUCAUUACCUUUCCAUCAGGCAUUCUGAAGCAAUGUACUGACAUCAGUGAUGCAGCCAUAAAAAGUGUGCUCAAAUCUCAGGAAGCAGAACCCCAUGAAGCAGGACGAAAGCAGGGUUUAUUUGGGCAAUUUGGAGCUUUGGCAGUCGGAUGCAUACUUUCUGUCUCAUUUCUGACUAUUUCUAUCUACAUUUUCCAGAGGUGCUUCUGUAGGAGACAAGUACUUGAGAUACAACAUAUGUAUACAGACCCAUCAACGUUUACAGAGAUGUACACGGAAGAGGCACAUGAAGUCCCCCCCUCAACCUCUGGCUUUGACCCCUCAAAAUUAUAUGCAAAGAUUAAAGAGGAUUUGUAUUAUGGCCGGCUAUGGAAGGCCUAUCAAGGAAGAACACGUGUAUCAACACAAGGGUGUCUAGUUGGUUCACGACAGAUUUAUUACCGUCUUGGUGAAAAUCCUCUACGAAAAAAGGACCAAGAGAACACACCAAACAUCCCAGAUACAAUGGAUACAAUGACAAGAUCAUCUUCAGAUAGCAGUAACUAAACAUAAUAUCAUCUGCUAGUCAAUAGAAGCUACUACUUGAACAUAUUGUGGAAAGCAGGCAAUUGUACAAUGUAGUAGCACUAGUAGUAUUAGUGUUACUUCUUAAGAUACAAUUUUAAGGUAUAAUUAUAAGGUCCACAGACAUAGAAAGCACAGGAUGUGGAGACUUUUUUCACAUUUAAUUCUACACACCACUCUACAAUGCAAACACAACUAUAAUUACACAAAUAUAUAGCAGUGUUUUGCUCUAUAUGUAUACUUUGUAUUCAAGGUCAUUUUAUUUCUAUUUUGUUAGCGGUUAUACAUUUAAAUGAAAAUAAUACAUUUCCUUGGAUUGCUUGUAUCUUAUUUACUAGUGCUAUAAAAUGUUAAGUAUGUCAAAAUUAUUUUCAUGAUUUAUCAUAAGUGAAUGCCUGUAUGUGAAGAGGUAGCAGUUAUGUUAUAAUUGCUAGAUUGUUAUACAUUUGUAGUAUUCUAAUAUAUAAGAUUGAUAUAUUUAAUAAAAUGUAAUGUUUGGACAGGUGGGAGGGGAAAAGCCAGACUUCAGUCUUGGAUGGUUGUGUUAGAAAUGCAACUAAUGUAACCAAAAACAGUGCUAUAACACGAUAGCAGAACUUUGUUAUUGUACUAAAUGGAAGGGGAAAUUAAAAUGUUUGUGAGCAGACCCAAAUUAUAGACCCUAUGUAACAGGGAAAAUAAAUAAAACAUUUAUUUUAUGAA